GGCACAUGAAGAUAAGAGGGAGCUGUGAGCUUAGUGGGCUCAUUCAAAGCAGAAAUCGGCUCUAAACAGAAUGUGUGUGCGUGAGUGCGCGCUCUGCGAUGGAUGCAACAGGAUUAUGUUGUGCUCGUACGGGGGAGGCUGCUCUGCUCUCCGUCCCAACAGUUUGUGAACCGAGGCGCCGGCCUGUUGCUAGGAAACCUUUUUGACAGCUGGGAGCUUUUUUGGAACGUGACAGUUAAUGCACUAAUGGUGUCUGCUCCUCUGGCAACCCAAACCCUCUCCAUUGUACCCAGUAGGGAGAUGCUGACAGGACAGAGGCUCUGCCAGUCAAAGUCCCAUCAGGACUUGGUCCUCUCCGCCCUCAACCAGCAGAGAAAGGACGGUCUGCUGUGUGAUGUCACGCUGGUGGCCGGCGAGCAGAAGUUCCACGCCCAUAAAGCCGUCCUGGCAGCAUGCAGCGAUUACUUCAGGGCCAUGUUCAGCUUGUGCAUGGUGGAGAGUGAAGCAGACGAAGUGACUCUGCAAGGAGUGACCAGCGUUGGACUGAAGCAUGCUUUAGACUUCGCCUACACCGGACAGAUUCUGCUGGAGCCGGCAGUGAUCCAGGAUGUUCUGUCUGCAGGCAGCCACCUUCAGCUGCUGGAGCUGCUGAGCCUCUGCUCUCACUACCUCGUCCAGGAACUGGGCAGCGUGAACUACCUGGAACUGUACCGCGUGGCUGACCUGUUCCACCUCCCCACCUUGGAGGAGGCCGUGGUGGGCUUCCUGGUGGAGCAUCUGUCUGAGCUGAGCCAGAGCCGACAGGAAGAGGCCCUGCAGCUGCCCUACCGCCUCCUCAGGGAGGUGCUGAAGAGCGACCGCCUCACCUCCCUGAGUGAGGAGGAGAUAUGGAAGUUGGUCGUUUUGUGGUUGGAACACGACUGUCGCUACCAGUACACCGAGGAUCUUCUGCAACAUGUCCGCUAUGGCCUGAUGGACGUCCCUACCCUGCACCACCUUGCCAACAGCCACUCGUUGGUCCGGUCCAGUCCUACUGCCGCCGCCCUGGUGGACGAGGCCCUAGACUACCAUCACGCCGCCUUUGCCCAGCCUCUGCGCCAGUCGGCACGUACCAGGCCGCGCUUCCAGUCCCUCACCCUUUACAUAGCUGGCGGACGGAAGCGGGAGGUGAGCAGAGUCAGGGAGCUGCGGUACUUCAACCCGGCAGCGCAGGACCAUGUGCGCGUCGCAGGCGGGUCCAACUGGAGCGAGCUGGCACCCAUGCCCACUGGCCGCAGCCACCACUGUGUGGCGGUCAUGGGAAACUUCCUAUUUGUUGUGGGCGGUGAGGUGGAGCACGCCACCGGGAGGACGUGCGCUGUAAGGACGGCCUGUAGGUACGACCCCAGGGGCAACCGAUGGACUGAAAUAGCGCCCAUGAAGGCCUGCAGAGAGCACUUUGUUCUGGGAGCUCUGGGUCAGUACCUGUAUGCAGUGGGGGGCAGGAACGAGCUGAGGCAGGUGCUGCCUUCUGUGGAGCGCUACUGUCCCAAGAGGAACAAAUGGAUGUUUGUCCAACCCUUUGACCGCUCACUGUCCUGCCACGCCGGCUGUGUGGCUGACAACCUGCUGUGGGUCUCAGGUGGGGUGACGAACACAGCUCAGUACCAGAAUCGACUAAUGGUGUAUGAUCCAGAACAGGACCAGUGGUUGGCCCGCAGUCCGAUGCUGCAGAGGCGAGUUUACCACGUCAUGGCGGCAGUGAGACGACAGCUCUACGUGCUAGGUGGCAAUGACCUGGACUACAACAACGACCGCAUCCUCGUCCGCCACAUCGACUCGUACAACAUGGACCAGGACCAGUGGACUCGCUGCUCCUUCAGCCUCCUCACAGGUCAAAACGAGUCCGGCAUCGCUGUCCAUGAUGACAGGAUCUAUGUGGUUGGAGGGUACUCCAUUUGGACCAACGAGCCUCUGGCGUGCAUUCAGGUGCUGGAUCUGAGCACGGAGGGGAAGGAGGAGGUUUUCUACGGGCCAACGUUGCCGUUCGCCUCCAACGGUAUAGCAACUUGUUUCCUGCCUGCUCCAUACUUCACCUGCCCAAACCUACAAACUCUACAAGUCCCUCAUCACAGAAUAGGUGCCGUUUAACCCACUGAUGAACAAAGCGUCAGAAAACGUGAACAAAUGAUAAAAGACCAUGGGAGGAGCCUCUGCUGGACUCUGGACAGGCGAAUGUGACUUUCUCAAAAAAAGAAAACGUCCUCGAUCUUAGUAAUCAUCUGGAAACUGCCACCUCUCUGGUAUCGAGUGCAGAGGGAUUUCUUUGAGACCCAAAUGUAAUAACAUGAUUUUCCUGAUUCACAAGAGCCAUGUUAUUUUUGCAGGCUUAUGGGGAAAAUCAGACACAUACAGCUGUCACAAUAAUACAGCAUUACUGUUGUAUUUCCCCAAAGACAGGCAGCAUUCAGGAUGACCAGUGAUGAUACUGUGUGCAAGUUAAGAAAACAUAACUCUGCAGGGAUCAGAAUUCCCCAAGAAAAAAAAAAAAAAAAAGGGAACACGAUGCCAAUCCUAUUACCAAUUAAGUGACUUUUGGUGAAUUGCCUUGUUUUUUUUUCAACCCAUUAUAGGGAUGUAGGAGCCUUUUAGCUGAAAUAUCUAUAUACAAAAGUCAGUUAAACCACUAUAAUCACUUUGAUGGCUUGAAAAACAUGUGCUGCAUUGUUUUUUUCAAGAUAAAGAGGACCGAGCCUGUUUCAUCAUCGACUCGCAUGCAAUUUUACAUAUCUGGUAAACAAGUAUGAAGCGCCUGAGGCUGAGCUAAUCAAUACAUAAAUGAGUGUGUAAUGUUUUGAUUCAAAUUAAGUUAAAUUAAUAGAGUUUCCUGCAACAACAGCAGCCCCGUAUAGUACCACUAUAGUAUGCGAGUAUGAUAUUGACCUGUGGAGCUGAGUGUGAGAUUUUCAUUAUGCUCAGGAACUGUUUAUGUUUAAAAGAAUGUCUGGUCAUUGAUUCACAGAGUAUCUGCUGUAUAAUCUCCAAAGUGUGUAUGUGAGAUGAUAAUAAUACAGCAUUAUGCAGAUUUUCAAACACACCAAAUGGAGAGAAAACACGAUCCCUGCACUUUCCUCGUCUGUCCAACGUAACAAUGUGUCUGAAAAACAGAUGGAUUUUAAGGUUUCAGAAUAAAGAUGCUACAUAUAUA